AUGCUAGGACAAGAUCCAAAGGAAGUAGUCAAUCACGCUACAAGACUGUCUUGGUUCCUUCAAGAAUGCUUGACACUUGGAACGCUUCGAGGGUUUCGUCAUUUUGAUACUUUUAUGAGAGGAAGAGAAGAGCUUGUAUUACGUGUUUAUUCAAUAACUCAGUCACCUACUUGCUCAACCUUACUGCCUUCUGAAAUAGACAGUCGAUCUAUUUUGCCUCUUCCUGAAUUAACAAGUCCAUUGGAUGAGGAUCUAAGCAGAGAAACAGAAAGGACUGUGUUUUUAAUUACUGGUUACGCAAAAUAUCGCUGCCCCUACGUUUGGCUGAGAUCCCAUAAAGAGCUGCUUAUUGAGCAUAAUGAAAGUGAUAAAGAGAACCCACUCCAGCUGACCACGACAGAUGAAUGGAAGAUAAAAGAUAUCAAGCUGUGGCAAAUAGUAGCUGAAAUCAUCUUCCUUACUAUUCAUGCUGAUAAUCCAUUUGAAAUCGAUUUUGACUUUCUUGAACAAUUACCGGCUCAAGAGUCUCGGUUACUGAAUCAUUCGUUACUAAAGUUUCUUGAGGCUGUUUAUGUUCAGUCAGACGAUUCAUUUGUCGAUAAAGUGUAUCAAGAUAUAAUCAAACUUCAAUCAAGGCAGAUAGAGUCAUGGUUCAGAUUGUGA